GAGGAGGGCACAGCACGGUCUCUGUCAGGACUGAAAUAAACCCGUUUCUGGGGGCAUUGGAAAUCAGUUAACCAUGGAGGCACUAGACUGUUUCUCCCAGAGCUUGGAGCUACAAUGCCAGUCCUGAAGAACCUAUCUGGGAAGCUCCGAGGCUCCAAGCACAGCAGGAAUCUGGGAACGCCGCCGACUGCCCCAAGAGCGCUCAUCCUGGGAACAAUGGAUGGGGGGGCAAACCCCUUCGAGGAGGAGGGGGGUGAGGGGCGGGCCAACCCCUUUGAGGAGGAGGAGGGUGGUGGGGCGAACCCCUUCGAGGAAGAGGAAGGGGGGGAGAGCCCCUCCACACCCUGCCCAAAUCCCUUGAAGGACGAGGAGCGCAGCAGCCCCCUGAGGGGAACCCUAGACAGGAUCCGGGGGGUCUCCUCUCUCAAGACUCUGGGGAAGCUGGGCAAGGGGCUGCGCAGCUCCAUCAGGGGAAAGGGGACCCCCGGGGAGGAGAAGACCCCCAGCAGGUCCUCUGAGAAGGACACGAGGAAGAGCAGCCCCAGGAGCUCGGAGGAGCUGACAUCUAUACUGAGCCGUCUCCCUGGGAAUGGCAAGCCGAGCACCCCAGAGAGGGAGGGGGAAGAGGGGAACCCCAAGAGGAAACUCUCCUUUCUGAAGAUCGGCCUGGGGGGUAAGAUCCGGCGUGAGGCCCAGGCCGAAAAACUUUCCCUGGAGAGAGAGGGGGAGCGAGUGGAGGAAGAGAGAGAGGGAGAGAAGGAGGAGGAGAAGAAGGUCAGAGAACCACUUUCAGUGUUGGAGAUCAUGCGGCUUGUGAUGAAGCGGGAUCUCUUCGUGGCCGACACUCACAUCCUGGAACUGGAGCGGGAGUGCGAGAGAGAGGGCGGGGCUGGGGGCGGGGAUGGGGGCGUGGCUGAGGAAGCGGGUGGGCAGGGCCGGGACAGCGGCCGUAAGUUGAAGGACGUGGAGCUGCUGUACGAGGCGCUGCUCAAGGAGCUGGGGGAGGUGGUGCGUGAGUCCUUGCUCCCCAACAGCCCUGCCCCACCCCCUGCGCUGCCCCUGCUGCUCCAGGUCAUCGAGCAGGAGGAACGGGCUGACAGAGAGUGGGCUGAGAGGGAGGCCGGGGGCCCGGAGGGCCUCUCCAGGCCCCGGCAGCUCCGCAGGAAGUGGAAGGAGAGUGUGGCGGAGUCGGCCAGCAGCAGGCUCCCGUGUAGGGGUGACGCUGUGGCCCUGGCCGGGUUCCUGGGGGCUCUGAGCGAACGCGUGGUACAGGACCUCUGUACUGUGAAGAGGAACACACUGCCCUGCUACCCCCCCGAGUAUGAGGCUUUCGCGGUGCACCUGCAGAGCUACCAUCAGGCCGUGGGGCAGAGACUGAGAGAGGCGGCCGCAGCUGAGCUGGACAUCACUGAGCUGCACACACUGCUGGACUGGGUGCACAACACUUACUGCAGGGAGGUACUCGAUCACUCUGCCUUCAAGGAGCUCACAUCCAGAUCCCAGCUGUCUCCUCUACUGCCCCUCGACACCCUCAGCAAGCUGGAGAGAGACUACAUCAGCUUCGUCAAGGAAACGGUGACAGGGGAGCUGUCUCAGGACCUGGAGGCUGAGGAGAGGCGCUGGGGAGAGUCUCUGCAGAUCGAGGAGUAUCAGAGCAGCCUGGCCAGCAACGUUAUCGCGAAGCUGCAGAUUCACCUGGACAGGGCCUCCGGCAUCACUGCGGAGCUGGGGGCGCGCGUGGCUCACUGCUGCCUCUCUGGCCUGGCUGACUUCCUGCAGAGCUUCCAGAAGAAGGUCGAGGCGUUUCUCCAGUAUCAGACGGAGAGUGGAAGCCUAGCAGAGGGCUUCACACCCAAAACCAUCGCCCUGGUAAACUGCUGCCCUCCCUUCAGGAGUUUCCUCCAGCGCUGUGCUCAGUGCGAGACUCUGGACUGUGAGGACGGGCUGAGGAGAGGCGUGGCAGCCCUCGACAGGAUCGUGAGUCUGGGGGUGAAGGUGCUGGUAGAGCAGCUGUUCCAGCAGAUCAAGCCCUACUUUGAGAAGCUGGUGAACAGGAAGUGGCUGAACAACACUGAGGCGUUCGAUUCAAUCACCAGGACAAUUAGGAGCCACUUCAAAACCUUCUGCAGGAUGGAGGGGCCCCCUUACCAGGCGCUGGUGUGUGAGGUGCACAGGCGUGUUCUCGUGGAGUACCUACACGCUCUAAUGCACGGUCGCAUCAUCUGCACCUCUGCCAAGAAGAGGAGGAAGAUGUCAGGCAGGCUGAGGGAUGAGGGCAGGCAGAUCAAAGAGCUCUUCAGAGAACUGGAUUCUGGGAGCUCCUGGUUGGACAGCGCUAUACCCCACGUCUCUGAGAUCAUCGUGCUGGAGGACACCCCCUCUAUUCAGAUGGAAGUUGGGGUGCUGGUGAGUGAGUACCCUGACGUGCGUAAGAAGCACAUCGCCGCCCUACUGGAUCUGCGGGGGAUGCUUCACCAGGUGGAGCGGACAGAGAUCCUGAACAUUUUGAAGGACUUGGAGUCCAGCCUGCAGCCCCUCCCCCGGGACCGGGCCCUCUUCUCUGAGCUCGCUGUCACCUCGGAGGCGCGCUGCCUUAACCUGGGGCUCAGCCGGGUCACCAUCACCACCUCCUCCCUGCUCACACUGCUCAGAGAGCGGGCCGGGAGAGGAAGAGGGAGAGGGAGAGGGGAGAGCAGCUCUGAGAGAGGAGAGAGGGGAGAGAGAAGA